AUGUCUUCACCCAGCGCUUCUCCACCUUCCUCUACAUCCUCUACUUUGACGGAAGAAAAGUCAACUUGCACGAUGGCGGACGUUAUUAAAGAUUACAAGACGGAAGAACUUAUCGAUUAUUUACUGAGGCGAGAAAACUUAGAUCUUGAGGAGUUUCGCAGUUAUGGAUUAAAAGCUGGCCCAGCAAAAAGGCUUGCAGAUUUUAUCGACGAGAUGUCAGAACAAAAAUUACGAAGCUUCUCAUCAUACAAAACUUUGGAUGAACUAAAGGAUGUACUCCGUAAAUAUAAGGUCAAUGGAGAGGAUAUAACAAGUAUAAAGCAAUUCAAUCCAGUUUUCGAGGAAAUCAAUGAUAACGACAAAGCCCUCGAGCAAUGUAUGAAUGACAUCCUACUACAGUUAACGAAUGUAAAAUCAAUGAUAGAGGCUAAUGAGACGACCCGAU